UCUAAACACGUUUGGUAAGGGUAGGGCUAACCAGUAAACGGAUUGCUUCAUGGUCCAUCAGCACCUGGAAUUGAGGAGGAUAGGAAAUAAAUAGGAGUAUUGCGGAGGUCUAGAAGAAUACAGGACGUCUGUCACCAUGCGUUGGUGUGUUUGUCUGUGUCUCUGCGUGCUGUUUUCGCUCUCUAACACCCAGAACCUGGGAAGGGAGACCUGCGAUGCCCGGAGAUCUGAGGUGGAUGUAGAGGUGGCUUCAGCAGGAGCCCUUAUAGGCGGCAUAUUCAAGAUCAGGGACACCUUAACUGGUGGAUACACGUGUGGAACUCCACAUAAAGAACUGAUACAAGUGUACGAGGCAGCGAAAUUUGCAAUCCAGCGUGUUAAUGCGCAAAAUAUUGUCCCGGGUAUUAGACUUGGAAUGAAGGCCUAUGAUGAUUGCGGGAGCCCGUUUAUGGCCGUACGAGCUGCACAGAAAUUUUAUCCGCAAUUUUCCAACACCCAGCUGUCUUGUAGUGAUGGUUCAAAGCUUCAUUUAGGAAUCUUAGGUCCCCUGAACAGCAAUACAGAAUCUGUGGCUCAGAUGACGUCAGAUAUACCAGCAUCCCAGAUUUCUCCGAGAAUCAUUCACCCUGAUCUCAGUGAUAAAUCCAUGUAUCCAUACUUCCUGAGGACUGGGCGCAACUGGUUUUCAUUUGCCAGGGUGCUGACACAAGUCUUGAAGCAAAUGAAUUGGACACGCGUCACAGUUGUUAAUGUAGACACGGACAUGGGUGAACUAGGCUACAAGGAAUUUUCGCGACAGGCUUUAAAUGAAAACAUCUGUAUAGCUGGCUUAAAAACAGUUUCUAUCGUCGCCACACAAGCCGACUACGAGACCCAACUCAGUGACCUUGGCAACGAUGGGGUCAAUGUCGCAGUAUUUUUGGGACCAGGGGCACAUGCCAUCAAACUCCUUAAGUCAAACGUCGGGAAGCGCGUCCAGUGGGUAAUGGCAGAUAUGCUUAGAAUGGUCUCUACAGAUCCACUGAGUGUGCAUGCUCCAAACAGCAAAGGUGUAAUUUUCGCCCUACCAAAAGUUCGCCAAAUCACAGAAUUUGAAAAUUACUUUGUUACCCUGUCAGAGACGAGCCCUCCUGGAGACAACCCUUGGUUUCAAGACUGGUACAUGACACUGUAUGACUGCAGGCUUCCUGGUAUUAACUAUGCCCCAUUUGCUACUAAACUUUUCUGCCCACAAACUGUCACGAAGAGAUCCAUAUAUAAACAGUUACCUUACGUGCAGUCUGCAAUAGAGGGAGUUUAUGCCUAUGCAAAAGCAUUCAGGACAGCCCACAGGACCCGAUGUGGGGACAGCUUUAAUGGAGUCUGUGACAGUUUGAGAGCCAUGUCUACCGCAGAUUUCAACACCAUUCUAAAGAAUAUAGACUUCACUUUCUCAAACACUGACGGAAUACCAAGUAUGGCUGGAAGGAGGGUCAAGUUUGAUGCAAAUGGUGACAUUAUAAAUCAAGAUUUCACGAUCUAUAACUACAACGACAGAACUACAGCUCCAAAUUUUGCAUUUGAAGAGGUAAUGUUACAGUUGCUGUAUUUUAAAUGGCAUCUGUAG